AUCUUUUUUCUUUAAAUAGAAAAAAGAUAAGGUUAAUUUGAUUUUUAGUCAAAUAUUGCACAAAUUGAUUCAUUUCCAUAACAGCUAUAAGAAGUUACAAACUCCCCAACCGAGCAAAGAUUUUCCAAAAAAAAAAAAAAAAAAGAAACAAAUCGAAUGAAAAUAUAAAGCAACACGUGUAACCUUUGUCUCCCAUAAAAAGCAACAAAAAUAUCUGGUCAAUGCAACGACGGCUCGCCUCUCCACCCCAGACUCCAUUUAUAGCAAUCCAAUAGAUUCCCCUCCACCAAUUUAAAUCCUCCGUCCAAAAGAUCGUUAAUUCUCGCACGAAAUCCCAUUUCUACCCCUCCUAUCAAAGUAUCUCAACCGUCGAGACUGCCAUUCCACCCUCUCUAAUCCAGUAAUUUCACGCACCAGAAAAUAGAUACAGUUACUAAUUACCACCUAUAUUCGCUCGCAGUCACAGAUGCACACUUAUUAAAUCUCCCAUUCGCUUCUUAAUUUGGACCUAAUCUGAUCCCAUCGGUGAUUUUCCGAAAUAAUUUCAAAUCGGAAAAGGAAAAUGCAUUCGUUGGCGUCCAGUAGUAUUAAAGUGUUUACAGAUUUCAAUACGGGCAGGAGGACUUGUUUUCCGGUUCGGAGCUCCGGUUUCGAUAGAAGAAUACAACAACACCAACAGUUGGUGAUCAAUCUUGGAGUUUCUCCUUCUUAUUUUAGGAAUUUUAGUAAUAAUAAUAGUAAUAGUUGUCGGAUCGUAGCAUGUUCCGUUGAGAGAAACGGGAAUGGCGGAAGUGGAGCAAGUUCGAGUUCAAGUUCCGGCUCGGGUUCGGAUUAUAAUUCGAGUUCCUUUGCGUCUCGGACUCAAACUUACGCUUUCUUGAAACAGCAAAUGGAAGUUGCUGCCCAAUCUGAGGACUAUGAAGAAGCUGCAAGAAUUCGUGACUCAUUGAGAUCUUUUGAAGAAGAGGAACCGGUUCUUCGGAUACGUAGGUUGCUCAAAGAGGCCAUCAAUGAAGAGCGGUUUGAGGAUGCAGUCAGAUAUCGCGACGAACUAAAGGAAAUUGCACCACAUUCUCUCUUGAAAUGUUCAAGUGAUGCCACAACCUUGGGGAUCAGGGUCCAAGUUAGGAGUGUAUACAUUGACGGGCGAAGUCAGCCUUCAAAGGGGCAGUACUUCUUUGCAUACAGAAUAAGAAUCACCAAUAACUCAGAUCGUCCUGUUCAACUUCUUAGAAGACAUUGGAUUAUCUCUGAUGCCAAUGGAAGAGCUGAAAAUGUUUGGGGAAUUGGAGUUAUAGGUGAACAGCCAGUUAUACUUCCUAGGACAGGAUUUGAAUACUCAUCUGCUUGCCCAUUAUCUACACCCAGUGGCAGAAUGGAAGGUGACUUUGAAAUGAAACAUAUUGAUAGAGUAGGAUCAUCGACUUUCAACGUGGCUAUUGCACCAUUUUCUCUAUCAAUACUAGCAGAUGAAAGUGACACUUUUUGAUAUGUGAAGUACGAUGAAAGUGACACUUUUUGUAGGAACUUCAACUGUCUCAUGCAUUGUGCCAUUAUCAAAUUGAGGGUUAGGAAACUGUAUUCUUGUUGUGCACAGAUGUAAAGGUCAUCAUAAUUAUUGGGGAAUACAGACUAGUAUUCUCGUAAAUUUCUUGUCUAGAAGGUUAGCAAUUCAAUUGUAUGUAGCAAAUUGUGGAAGGAUCAGUUAGUAGAGAUGAUUAGAGACAUGGGAAGAAUUUGGAUGGAAUUGUUCAAGCUUAUGGGGUCCGAGCUUAACUUCUCCACAAGCUUUCAUCCCCAAACCGAUGGACAAACGGAGAGAGUGAAUGCAGUCCAAGAGAAGGAGAUGACUGCGGUAGUUCUUCCCAUGUAAAGACAUAAUUACUAGAAAGUCUAAACUAUUACAUGUAUUUGUGAGGUUUAAGCUUAUUUGUGAAUAGCAUGCAAUAUUAUGUUA